AUGUGUUCGCUUCCGAUUUCUCGUUUCUUUUCCUCUUCGCGCGCACACCACCUCUCGCCUCUCUCGCCCGUUUCUUUUUUUCUUCUUCCCCCUUUUUUUUUUCUCUCUCGACUCUCCUGGCUUGCUUCCUUUUCCCAUUCCUCACUUCUCCCUUUCCCUUCUUCCAUUUCCUUUCUCUCUUUACUCCUCUCUUUUUUCCUUUUUCCUGCCCUUCCGUCUCCUUCCGGCGAUCCCUUUUUCUCUUCUCGCGACUCUCGAUUUUGUUUUCGACUCUUCUCGCUUCUUUCUUUUGUUCGUACCCUUCUCCCCCUUUUUUUUCCCCUUCUUUUAUCGCCUUUCCUCUUUUCAUCGGGCUCCUCCCCUUUUCCCUCUCUUCCGCUCUUUUCUCUAAUCCGUUCCUCCUCGUCUCGUGUUUCCUUCUCCUCCUUCUCCCGCGUUUUCUCGUCCCUCUCCUUUUUCUCCACUUCACCUCUGCUCUUUUUCGUCGAACUUUCCGCACACGCCGUUCUCUUCUCCGACUCUUCUCUUCUUCUCGCUCCUUCUCCUCUGUACUCUCUUUUCGGAUUCUUUCUCGUGUUUUUCCUCGUCUCUCGAAUCUCUUCUCCUUCUAUCGAUUCAGUCUUUCCUCCCUUUCCCCUCCUCUCUUCUUUUCAUCUUCUCCUAUGUUCUCCUCUUUUCCCCUUUCGAGUUUCUCUCUCGAACCUCUCCGCUUCCUCUGCUUUCUUUAUCCCUCUUUACGACUCUCUUCCUCUUCUCUCGAUUUCGUUUUUCUCGUACUGCUUUUUUCUCCCUUUCUUCGAUCUUGUUUUUACUCUUCUUUCGGGUAUUUUUCUUACUUUUCCCCCUUUGCUCUCCCGCUUUUCUCCGUUCAGUCUUUUCUUCCUUCUCUUUUUUCUUCUAUUCUCUUUCGCCGUUUUGUCUGUCUCCUUUCUUUUUGUCCUACCUUUUCCUUCCACUCGUUUUCGAGUCUCCUUCGUCUCCUUGCUUCUUCUUUCCUGGUCUCUCUUUUCCUCUCUCCUCUCCCUCUCUUCUUCUGGUUACCCCUGUCCUACUCUCCUGGUCUUUUUUUUCGUCUAUUCGUCGAGUCCCCUCCCCACUCUCCCGAUCCUCUCUUUUCCCUCUUCCCCCCCUCUCCUUUUGAUCUUCCUGGAGGACUACCGUGUAUCACUUGCCGAGCGUGUUAUACCGGCAGCCGACCUGUCGGAGCAAAUCCCAUGCGUUGGCACCGAAGCAGCUGGCACUGGAAACAUGAAAUUCAUGUUGAACGGCUCGCUUCUGAUUGGCACACGAGACGGGAUUAAUGUGGAAAUCUUCCAAGAGGUGGGGGAGGAGAACGCAUUUAUCUUCGGUCGCACACUAGAGGAGGUCAAAACCUUGCGCUCCAAGGGGUACGACCCAAGCAAAGUAAUUGCCAAGAAUACUGAGCUCAGGUUAUGUUUGGAGCAACUCAGAACUGGCUACUACAACCCGGCGGAUCCAGAUUUGUUUGCAGAUUUGCACAGGACUCUGGUCAAUCAUGAUCGGUUUUUGGUUUGUGCAGAUUAUGAGGACUACUUGAGAGCUCAGGAGGCGGUCGACCGAUCGUAUAGAGUGGGUUUGUGUGGUGUUUGGUCAAAGUGUAUUAUAAGUUAUAUUCCUAACCAGGAGGGUUUCUCCGGAUCUCAUCCAAUGGUUUGA